AUGUACCAUCUUCUCAGAGGCCUUCAUGAGUAUCUCACAAGAAAGGAAGAAUUCACUGUCCUCAUCAUUGGCCUCGAUGGUGCUGGAAAGACGACCUUCCUGGAACAUAUAAAGACACUAUACAACGAUGUACCAGGACUGACGCCGGACAAGAUUGCACCGACGGUUGGCCAGAACACCGGAAAGAUAACUCUGCCUUCAACCAUUCUCCAAUUCUGGGACCUCGGAGGCCAGAGAGGAAUACGGAACAUCUGGCACAGAUACUACGAUGACUGCCACGCAGUCGUCUAUGUCAUCGACGCGGACGACAGAGAACGGUUGAGCGAGGGCUGGGAGGUCUUCGACUCUGUCUUGUCCUCUCCACAGAUCCUCGGCGUACCACUUCUCUUGCUUGCCAAUAAACAGGACUCGCCGCACAGUCUUUCAGUCGAAGAGAUACGACAUGACUAUGAAGAUUGGCACCAACGCAAGAUACAAAGUAUGCGCAGGAGCUCCUUCCACCAGCAAUACGGCGGGGAGCAGGACCAAGGCAUGCAAAGAGAAAGGAUUGCCAGUCUUGAUGUGAUGGGCAUUAGCGCUAUUCAAGGGACUGGAAUAAGAGAGGCUGUAGAUUGGCUCUUCUUGCGAGUGCAAAACUCGCGUAGGUCAGACGGUCCUAAACAGGGUCAAGCAGCGUAG